AUGGUGAUAUGGACGCUCAUAUACUACGCAUCGCCGCGCGUGCUGCAGCACGUGCGGAUCAUCGUCGCGUACACGUGGUUCGUCAACGUCUCCAUCGUCAUCCUCGUCCCUGUCGACGUCUGGACGGCGAUAUGUCUGGAGGGCGAGGCGGGCCCCACGGGGAUGGCGUCGGGGCUGUCAGCGGCGGUGUGCGGGUCCAAGCUGUCCGUGCAGUUCAUGUGGAGCUUCUCCUACUGGAGCGCCUACUUCCUCACCUGGAUGAUCAUCCCCAUGAUGCAGGGAUACGAGGACGCUGGGGGUCUUUUAGUCAACUCAGGCUACGAGGAUGCGGGGGACUUCACGGCAAAGGAGCGGCUGCGCACGAGUGUGAGGACAAACCUCAUGCUCAUCGGCAUCGUGGGCGCCGUGGCCGUGGUGGGCAUUAUCAUCCUGCUCGCCACCAAGGAGAUGGCCUGGGACAACAUAGUGUCGCUGGCCAUAGGUGCGUCGAACGCGUUUGCGCUGAUAACGGGCGCGCUGCUGCUGGGGUACGGGCUGGUGGAGAUCCCAAGGGGCCUCUGGAGCCACGCUGACCUGGCAGAGCGUCACAAGUGGCUGUCCGUGCGCGUGGCCCGGGCGGCACAGAAACUGGACCAGGCGCACCAGGAGCUCAGCACUGCCAUUGUGAUUGCUCAGGCCACCUCGCUGCAGAUGCCCAGACAUGAUCCCCUGCGACCCAUGAUGGAGAUUAUCGAUGCCAUGGCGAGUGAGGAUGCGGGGUUCAAGCCGUCAGGCGGGCAGAUUGGCGAGAACGACAUGGACUAUGAUGCCGACGCCAAGAGCAUGGCUGCUCUCCGGCGCCGCCUGCGCAACGCCCAGGACAACUACUCGCGCUGCAAGACGGAGUACUGCACGGUGGUGUGGGAGGCGCUGCAGCUGGAGGAGACGCUGCACAACUGCUACCAGGGCACGGGCCGCUACACCUCCUACCUGCGCGCGCCCAGGAAGGGCUUCUUUGCCCCGCUCCUCGAUGUCGUGGAGUGGUGGUGGCGCUGUGCCAUCCGCAGCCACGUGGUGCGGGCCUUUGCACUGCUGCUCGGCCUCAUCUCACUCGCCAUCCUCUUUGCCGAGGCCACCCUUCUCUCUCAGAAGUGGGUCGACCUCUCGCUCUUCUCCGUGCUCGUGCGCGCCGCCGCGCUGCACGGGGAGGCGGUGCAGCUGAUAGUGUUUGUGCCGCUGGUGUACCUGUGCGUGUGCACCUACUUCUCACUCUUCAAGCUCGGCAUGUUCUCCUUCUACUACCUCGUCCCCGCGCACACCGACUCCGUCUCGCUCCUCAUCAACUGCUCCAUGGUGUCGCGAUAUGCCGCCCCCAUGUGCUACAACUUCCUCAGUCUCAUCCACCUGCGUCACUACAACUAUGCCACUGGCUCUGUUGAGCCCCUCAUCACCGUCUUUGAAAAGCGCAUGGGGGUGCUGCCCAAGUCGUUUGACCGCGUGUACCCGCUGUGCAUGGUGGCGUGGUCGCUGCUCAUCGCACUCAACGUGCACCACCGCCUCUUUGACUCCGUCACGCACCUCCUCUCGCACUGCCGCGGCCUCUACAGCCGCACCUGGCGUCGCCUGCGCUUCGACGAUGACGGCGAGGGGGAGGAUGUGGGCGUGGACGGGCGCAGGGUGGUGGUCAAGGGCCACAUGAUACUGCAAAGAGAGCGGGCGACCAUAGAGCGCGGGCUGCCAGUGGGUGAGAGUGUGGUGCCCCUGGCGCGCCACUUCUCCUCCAAGGACCUUCAUGCCUCCUCCUCCGCCUCCUCCCUUCUCUCAGGCCACUACUCCACCCCCACUAAGGUGCCUCACACGGACCCCAGCUCCUCUUCCUCUGCGGACCCGCUGCUUGACUCACGGCUGGCUGCGGUGAGGCCAGCAGGGGGCAAGCCUGCGGCUGACAGCACCAGCACCAAGGACCCCGAGUCGGCGUCCUUGCUCAGAGCAGCAGACACCAGCUCGGGUUCAGUCAAAUACUCUGGCAUUGCUGCUGGUUCUUCUGCUGGCGGCAGUGCCAGGAAGCCCCAGCGGCCUCCUCCAGGGGGUGCUUCAGGUGCUUCGUCAGGUGCUGCCUCUCCAGCAGCAGGUGUGGCAGCCAGGCUGGGGCUGGAGGCGAGCAUAAAAUCAAGCUCAGCAGGCGAUCUGCUUCCCCUGGGUCGGGAGAAGUCAAGGCAGGCCUCUGUCCCUGGCAGUCCCCUCUUGCUCUCUCGAGCCGCCUCUCCUCUUGUCGCUUCCAGGCUGCCACCCAUCAGCACCUCUGCUCACUCAACUCCACACCACCUUUCCACUGCUGUAGCUGCUGCUCCUGCUGGCAGUGUAACACCCACGCGCCCACUCUCGCCUCCCUCUCUCCUCUCUUCCGCUCUGGGCCUAAGCUCUGCAGCGAUGGUGUCAACCCCACAGAGGUAUUUCUGGGCCGGGCAGGGCACAACAGCUGUAGCUGCAGGUGCAGGAGAGCAGCAAGGAGGUACCCAGCAAGGGAGCAGUAUGUCUCCUACAGAGUCCCCGCUCAUCUCAGGCCAAAGAGGAGCAGCAGCAGGUUCUGUGGCCCCUCCUCAGCUCUUCCUCCCUCACCCCUCAUGCAUCCUCUUCCCCUCACUACCCUUCCAUGCACAUCCCUCGCCUCUUCCUCACCUUCCCCUCCCGCUCCCCCCCCGCCCCUCCGCCUUCCCCUCCUCUCCCCCUCUCCCUCCCCUUCCCCCUUCCUCCCAGCAGCGCACGAGCCGUGCUGAAACGCGUUCUCACUUCUCUUCAGUUCUCUCCUUGCUGGUUGUGGGGAGGGGCGUGGGGGUCAACACCACCGCUCCCUCGCGCUCCUCCCCUGUGGCCGUGCAGGUGGCAGUGGUCGGAGGGGAGGGGGGCAGCACUCCACUCGGCUGCGGUGGGAAGGGAGAGUAUCGGGCUGGGUCGUCUGAAACAAGUGGCCCCUUCCCCUCUGCUUCUUCUGAUUGUAUAUUUUUUCACCCCCUCGCCUCUCCUCCAGUCACUCACAAUUUCUAUGUGGGCCAUUGCAGGUGGCUGUGGUGGGAGGGUAGAGGGGCAGCACUGCACUCAGCUGGGAUUGGAAGGGAGAGUAUCGGGCUGGGUUGUCUGAUGCAAGCACUGAAGCAAGGACAGGAGAGUGAAGUCCACCCUCUCACUCACCUCCUCCUCUCUCCCUUUUCCCUUCCCUCCCAGCAGCACCCUACCUGGACCACAGUGGAAUCCCCUCCUUCCGUUCAUCCCCCCCUCCCUUCAAUCACCCCCUCCCCAGCAGCCUAA